CCCGCCCGAAGCUCCGCCCCGCUCCCGCCGCCAUCAUGCCGAAGGUGGUGUCGCGCUCCGUGGUCUGCUCCGACACCCGCGACCGCGAGGAGUACGACGAUGGCGAGAAGCCGCUGCACGUCUACUACUGCCUGUGCGGGCAGAUGGUGCUGGUGCUGGACUGUCAACUGGAGAAGCUGCCCAUGCGGCCCAGAGACAGAGCGCGAGUGAUUGACGCAGCCAAACAUGCCCAUAAAUUCUGUAACACAGAGGAAGAGGAGAACGUUUAUCUCAGACGACCAGAAGGUAUUGAGCGGCAAUACAGGAAGAAGUGUGGAAAGUGUGGACUGCUGCUCUUUUACCAGCACCAGCAGAAGAAUGCCCCAGUUACUUUCAUCGUUGAUGGAGCCGUUGUCAAGUUUGGCCAGGGCUUUGGGAAAACAAACAUAUAUACUCAGAAACAGGAGCCGCCCAAAAAGGUGAUGAUGACGAAACGGACCAAAGACAUGGGGAAGUUCAGUUCAGUCACUGUUUCCACCAUUGAUGAAGAGGAGGAGGAGAUUGAGGCGAGAGAAAUUGCAGACUCGUACGCACAGAAUGCUAAAGUGAUUGAGAAGCAGCUGGAGCGGAAAGGCAUGAGCAAGAGGAGGCUGCAGGAGCUGGCUGAGCUGGAAGCCAAGAAAGCCAAGAUGAAGGGAACCCUAAUUGAUAACCAGUUCAAAUAAGAAAAAACCUCCUCUUGUCACCACUUGGGCAGCUGCCCAUUUAGAGGGGCAGAACAACCACCUACCAGAGACUUCAAUCAACCCUGCAGAAGCAAAGCAUAUGCAUAGAAGAGCUGUACAUUGAAGUUGACUUGGGGGAUGGUGCUAUCUCAGCUCUUGGCUGUAUUUUCAUUUAAGGUGGUGUAACGUAACAAAGGACUUCCAGGACUUUCUGCAAAUCUCAUUUCUGUGUACACUCAGGCGUUUUGUCUCUAACACCCUGACAUUUAUGGUAAUGUCUGUUUCAGGGGAAAGCCCUCCCCCAGCUGUAUGUGGGGAUCCAUGCACUUUUAAGUACGCACCAAUCUUUUGAUGUUUCCAGAUGUAAAUAUAUUUUAGACACAUAAAUAAAGCAAAAACCUAAUUAUACAGAAAAUAAAACCUUACAGAAGUAAGUCAUGUCCCUCUAAUUAAAAAAAAACAAAAACAAAUCUGUCGAAAUAUAAGCAAGCUAGAGUAGCAAUGAGCUAUAUGGAUUUCUAUAGUAUUGUUACAGACCAGGUAUCUUCACAGAACAGACCUCAUCAGGUGGACAAUAAAACUCCAAAGAGAAGAAGUA